UGGUUGUCGAGACUGCAACCCGGUUAGCUGCUAGCCUAGAUUGUGAAUCUAAUUCAUUGUAAUGCUAAAUCAAUAAAGCCAGAACAUGUUGUAAACGUUGCAAGGCAACCUGGUAGCUAUAUCUAGCCCACGUACACCAAACACCUUUAUAGCCAUAGACUUUGACAAAAUACAACGGAAUUCAUGUGGGAUCUGUAGGAGAAACCACAUGAACGAUGAGGAGACUGUCUCGCAAGAAAGCUCUCAACCUGGUGAAAGAACUGGAUGCUUUCCCAAAGGUUCCAGAAAGCUAUGUGGAGACGAGCGCAAGCGGAGGAACUGUGUCAUUGAUUGCAUUCACGGCCAUGGCUCUCUUGGCAUUCUUCGAAUUUUUUGUGUAUCGGGAUACAUGGAUGUCCUAUGAAUAUGAAGUCGAUAAGGAUUUUACAAGUAAAUUACGAAUAAAUAUAGAUGUUACCGUUGCCAUGAGGUGUCAAUUUGUAGGUGCAGAUGUUUUGGAUUUGGCUGAGACAAUGGUAGCAUCUGAUGGUCUUCAGUAUGAACCAGUUGUUUUUGAGCUGACCCCCCAACAAAGGAUCUGGCACAGGACUCUGCUGCUCAUUCAAAACCGUCUGCGAGAAGAACACGCUCUUCAAGAUGUCCUGUUCAAAAGCCUUCUAAAGGGAGGGCCUACGGCACUGCCUCCACGUGAAGUGGAUCCUAAUCAGUCCCCAAAUGCAUGUAGGAUACAUGGACACCUUUAUGUCAAUAAAGUUGCUGGGAACUUCCACAUCACUGUUGGCAAAGCUAUUCCACAUCCCAGAGGACACGCCCAUCUAGCUGCUCUCGUCAGCCAUGAAACUUAUAACUUCUCCCACCGAAUUGAUCAUCUGUCCUUUGGGGAGGAAAUACCAGGUGUCAUAAAUCCACUGGAUGGCACAGAGAAAGUGUGCACUGACCAUAAUCAGAUGUUUCAGUAUUUCAUCACCAUUGUGCCCACCAAGCUGAAAACCUACAAGAUAUCAGCAGAAACUCACCAGUACUCUGUCACAGAGAGGGAACGGGUGAUAAACCAUGCUGCUGGUAGUCAUGGUGUUUCUGGAAUCUUCAUGAAGUAUGAUAUUAGUUCCCUCAUGGUCACGGUCACGGAGCAGCACAUGCCCCUGUGGCAGUUCCUGGUGCGCCUUUGCGGCAUUAUUGGAGGCAUCUUCUCAACCACAGGCAUGCUCCAUGGUCUGGUUGGAUUCUGUGUGGACAUCGUCUGUUGUCGCUUAAAGCUGGGCGUCUAUAAACCCAAAGAGGUUGGUAUUCUUGAUGGACACAGCAGCCAAACACCAUUACUUACAGAUACUAAUGAACAGGAGUAAGCUGGCUCAUUUGUGGUGGUCUUGUUUCUGAACUGUGUGGCUGCCUACUAGGGUUCACUGCAUCCACCUUCACCUGAUUUGGUGAAAUAAACAGCAUUUACAGGGAUACACAUCCCAAUUGAAGACUUUUCACUCCAAUAAACUACAUAAGGACCCUA